UGCGACGCUGCAAUGUAAGGGUCUGGGGCUGAUUCUUAACCAAGAUAUGGAAAUGGUGCCGAUGUGGGCGUUGUGUAUAUUUGCGUUACUGGCAGUGCUUGGCCAUGUGGCGGGAGAAGAAGGCGCUCGGUUGUUGGCCUCUAAGUCUCUUCUGAACCGCUAUGCUGUGGAAGGACGCGACCUCACUCUGCAGUACAAUAUCUACAAUGUCGGGACCAGUGCUGCCCUUGAGGUUGAGCUGUCUGACAACUCUUUCCCCCCUGAGGAUUUCGGCAUAGUUUCUGGGAUGCUUAAUGUGAAGUGGGACAGAAUUGCCCCUGCCAGUAAUGUCUCUCAUACUGUAGUCCUGCGCCCCCUAAAGGCAGGAUACUUCAACUUCACCUCUGCCUCGGUCAGCUACCUUGCCCAGGAGGGAGGACAGGUUGUGGUGGGCUACACCAGCGCCCCAGGUCAGGGUGGGAUCCUGGCACAAAGGGAGUUUGACAGGCGUUUCUCUCCUCAUUAUCUUGACUGGGCAGCAUUUGGAGUGAUGACUUUGCCCUCAAUUGGCAUCCCUCUACUGCUCUGGUACUCCAGCAAGAGGAAGUAUGACACACCCAAGACUAAGAAGAAUUGAGCUCCCAUUCUUCUAAGGGGGUAAUGGAGAUAGAGAGGAAGGGUGAGAGUGGGGCAUGAAGUCAUGAAAUCAGAGGGAAAAAGUAUUGAGAAUUAAGAGUAAGUCAACCUUUUCGGGGUGCGUAAAUGCAAAAUGUGACUGAUAUGGAAGGGUGGUUAAAACAACUGCAUUGGUCUCUCCUGGGUAAGUUGAGAAAGGUUUUGAGCGUAAUAUUGGUAAAUUUAUCAUGUUGUCUUACUCUUGGUUUGUUUCCAGCAAGCCUAGUAAAAUCAAAUGGGGCACAAAGAGUAUGAGGAAAUGGUUCAUUUAAAUGGUGUGGAUACCGUACAUUAGUUAGGAAAUGAUACUCGUUAAGUUUCCCUUUAUUUAUUUAUUAUUAUUAUUAUUAUUAAUUAAUUAUUUAUUUCCUUAUUAUUAUUAAAUGGAUUUGUAUCCUAUUGUGAAAGGAAUAUGACCAGAGGAAUUGAGAUUAUGGCUGUGAAGUUGUGUUGUCUCAAGUUGUUCUUGUCAUUUAAAAUAAAGAUAGGGGUCACAUGGGUAUUUUUAUUGUUAUAUUCAAAAAUUCCAUCGGUACCUGUGUAUUUUCUUUUCUUGGCUUAUUCUUUACUGCUUUUUUUUACUUUUAAUCAGGUAGGCCUUGUGGGAAAAGGCUGAAAAUGAAAGUGAGGGUGGUGGGGGAAGUGGGGGGCAGAGAGACUUAUGCACAAUGAGGAAAGGAAACAAAGGUGAUUGACUGAAUAAGACAAAAGCUGCUACUUUUGUUCAAAUUCAUAGAUAUUCACCAUGUUUUACACCAUGGCAAAACAACCAGCAUGACUUCUUUGCAUCUAUGUCUACUGGGAAAAUAUUGUUUAAUACAAAAUCUUAGUAAAUUGCACAGAUUAAUUCAGUUAUUUGCCUCAAUACACCUAAAAAUAAAAUUUCCAGUUUCAGGGUUCUUAAAAAUGGUUUUAUGUUUUUUGUUUUUUGUAACAUUGGUAU